UCGUGGCAGCACAAUUACAGCACAUCACAUACAAUGAGUGGCUAAAAGUGUUAUUCAGUGAUUCCGUGCUGGAAAGGGAAGGUCUGUUGUUGGAGCCACCUGGUAAAUUCUUUAUGGGAUAUAAUGCAUCGAUUAAUGCAGGAAUAUUAAACCACUUUGGAACAGCAGUUUUGAGAGUGGGUCACACCUUAAUUCGAUCAAGCUUUGGAUUAAUUACCAAUUCAAGGGUCAGGCGCUCCAGUAAACUCAUUUAUCGCGGACGUACUGCAGUGGACUUUUUCAAUCCAGCCCCCUUGCUACUUGGACUCAUAGUUAACCUCAUUGGAGAAAUCUUAUAUGGUCUCGUUAACGAGCUAGCCCAGCUCUCGGAUAAGAACUUUGUUGACGUCAUAAGAGAACGUGUAAUAAUAGAAGGACCAACUAUUGAUGGUAUUGUUGGCGAUCUUCCGGCAAUAAACAUUCACCGCGGUAGGGAUCACGGCUUACAAACGUUCGUAAAAUUCCGCGAGAUUUGUGGUGCAGGCCCAAGUAAUAACUUUGGUCAACUUCGUAAUACCAUAAAUCGCCCAGAGAUCAUGAAACUGAGACAAGCCUAUGAAAAUGCAAAAGACAUCGAUUUAUUUGUAGGCGGCAUCCUCGAGUUUCCCACUCUUGGAAGCGUGCUAGGUUUUACGUUCACCUGUCUUAUGACCAAGCAGUUUAGACAUCUGCGACAUGGUGAUCGAUUCUGGUAUGAAAGAAAUGACCCUAUUGCCGCAUUCACUCUUCCUCAGCUUGAAGAGAUACGAAAGACGUCAUUGUCCCGAGUAUAUUGUGACAAUACAGACAACGUGAUCUUCAUUCAGAAAAAUGCCUUUAAACUCCGAACUGGUAACAACGGAGACAAUCCUGUAAUCGAUUGUGACUUUAUUCCCAGAGUGAACUUGGAAGUUUUCGGAGAGGAGGAAGAGCCCAUUGGUAGGCGUUUGUUAACUGUGAUUAAUAUAACUCAAAUACACUUUAGGUAUAAUUGA